UGACAUGCAGCCGCUUUUGCCCUUGUCGUACCCUCAAUUCAAGGCCGUCGCCUCACUACUCUCUCUCUCUCUCUCUCUCUCUCACAUAAGUUUAUUUGAUACUCUUUUUUCUCCAUUCUCUCACUAAACAGCAGAAGAAGAGUCCUCCUAGAAUCUCCUUCCUCUGCAUCUUCGGGUCCUGAAAGAAAAAGUAGAGAGGGAGAGAGAAGUGAUGGAUUCGUAGACUGUGCUGUGCGGCAGAAUUGCAAGCGUCUUUUUGUGGCUUCACUAAAGUUGGGCUCUUUGGAGGUAAUGUGGAGGGUGCACUGCUUCUUCUUCAAUAGCUAUGGCCGCGGAUUCUUCUCACGGACUUGGACUUGAUCAGUCAAACAACGGCAAGUUAAGUAUGGAUAAAAAGAGAGAGUUUGUCUAUGAAGUAUCAAAGUGGUCAGACGGUGCCUCUGAAGUGUUACAGUCAUGGAGCCGCCAGGAGAUUUUACAGAUCCUAUGUGCAGAAAUGGGGAAAGAAAGGAAAUAUACUGGCUUGACAAAAUUGAAAAUAAUAGAGCACCUUCUGAAAGUUGUCUCUGAAAAGAAACCAGGGGGAAGUGAGGAUGUAACAGACCUUAAACCACAGUCAUCUAAUGCCACUGGCCAAAGAACUACUAAAAGGCAGAGGAAAACUGAGAAUCCAUCUAGACUACAUGUUCCGGAGAAUAGUAUUUCUAACAAUAGUAGUGGGAGUGACCUAGCCAAUACUACAUUCUGCAAAAACUCAGCUUGCAGAGCUACCUUAAAUCGAGAAGAUGCAUUUUGCAAGAGGUGUUCGUGUUGCAUCUGUCACAAGUUUGAUGACAAUAAGGACCCGAGCCUUUGGUUGGUUUGCAGCUCAGAGCCGCCGUUCGAGGGUAAUUCAUGUGGCAUGUCGUGCCACCUUGAGUGUGCUUUAAAACGUGAAAGUUCUGGUAUUGGAAAAGAGAGAGGACAUAGAGGACUGGAUGGGAGCUUUUACUGUAUAUCUUGUGGCAAAGUGAAUGAUCUACUUGGAUCCUGGCGAAAACAGCUAGUAAUAGCAAAGGAUACCAGGCGGGUAGACAUACUGUGCUAUCGUAUUUCCUUAAGUCAUAAGCUCCUCAAUGGGACUGCAAAGUAUCAAGAGCUUCAUGAGAUUGUGGAUGAAGCUAUGAUGAAGCUUCAAGGUGAAGUGGGUCCGCUAACUGGCUUACCAUUAAGGAUGGGUCGGGGUAUUGUUAACAGGCUUUCUUCUGGACCAGAGAUUCAGAAACUUUGUGCAUUUGCUGUGGAGUCACUGGAUUUGGUGCUUCAGAAAGCAACAUUUCCUCCAUUGGCCAAGCCUAAUGUACAAGAUCCAAGUUUUAUUGCUCCGGACAUGAUUAGAUUUGAGAAUGUCCGUGCUACAUCGCUCACCGUGGUUUUGAGUUCCGAAUAUCCUCCCUCAGAAAUUUUAGUUGGUUACAAAUUAUGGCACUGUAAGGCUGAUGAUAUGAAUUAUCCAACAGAACCGACUGCAACACUGUUGUUUGCACCAAAGACGAGAUUUGUUGUCACUGGACUAACUCCAGCUACAGAGUACUGUUUCAAAGUGACUUCGUUCAAUGAUUCAAGACAUUUAGGCAUGUGUGAAGUUCGGUUUUCCACAAGUACUGGUGAAGAUGAAGUCCCUAAUUGUUCAGUGACACAGAGAAGUCAGAGCCCAGCUACCAACUAUAGCAGCCUUUCUAAUCCUUCUUCAGUGGAAGAUGAAACUAAUAAUAUAACUCCAUAUGGUGAUCAAGCUGAUAACCGAGCAGACAACUAUAUUACUUUUUGCCAGGACACUGAUAAUACUGUCUCCGCUGAUUUAUCCAAUGAUGCUGUCAAUGGCAACAGCAUGGACAGAGGACCUACAGUAGAUAAAAUUUCGUUGCUGGACAAGGAGCACAUCAAUGGGAUGAUUGGCUCCAUAUCUAAAUCUGAUGUCAUAGAACUUGAGCACAAGCAAUCACCAGAAGGCCAUAUUGUCGAAGACAUCAGCACUGAUAACGGUUCAAAUUCCCCUGCUCGAACUGGAAUGGAAUGUGUCCCAUUUGGUGGUAGCUCAGAGGCUGGCUUACCCAUCACUCCUUGCAAAAUCGACCUACUUAAAGAUGGGCUGGGAAGGAAUGUAAGAUCAAAUUCCAGUAGCAAGGAUUUAAAAAAUGGAAGUGGGAAAGGAGAGGAACCCCAAGAUGGCAGCACAUCGAAGAAGAGAAGUGCUGAAAGGAAAGAUGAGGAGUGUGUGGCAAACAACAUCUCAGAUAGGGAUUUUGAGUAUUACGUGAAGAUUAUCAGAUGGUUAGAGUGCGAGGGACAUCUCGAGCAGAACUUCCGGCAGAAAUUUCUUACCUGGUAUAGCUUGAGAGCUACCCCUCAGGAGGUAAGGAUUGUGAAAGUGUUUGUAGAUACCUUUAUAGGAGAUCCUGCAUCGCUUGCAGGGCAACUUGUCGACACCUUCUCAGAGAGUAUUUCGAGUAAGAAAUCAUCUGUCGUGCCAAACGGGUUCUGCAUGAAGCUUUGGCAUUAAGUUACUUGCAAGCAUAAGUACUUGUGGAUCUCCUCUCCUCCUAGCAUUUGUUAUUUAUGUCGUAUCAUCAAUUCUAGUACCAUUCCUCAUUUGCCAUUCUUAUGAUGUAAAAAUUGCUAGAAUUCUUCUUAUUACGAUGUAGGUUUGAAAUUGGCUUCAUUCAUUCAUAUAAACUGAUAUGUUGUUUCUA